GGGCUAGGGGACAGGAUGGAGCCCCCCCGGCCGGGGGCCUGCCAGUACGCUCAUGUGCAGCUGCAGGGGGGCGCGCCCUGGGGUUUCACUCUCAAGGGGGGGCUCGAGCACGGCGAGCCGCUCCUCGUGUCCAAGAUUGAAGAUGGAGGCAAGGCUGCCCUGUCCCGGAAGAUGAGAAUUGGGGAUGAGCUGGUGAAUAUCAACGGUACUCCGUUAUAUGGCUCCCGCCAAGAAGCCCUCAUCCUCAUAAAGGGCUCUUUCCGGAUUCUGAAGAUGAUCGUCAGGAGGAGAGCCACCCCCCUGGCCAGGCCGCAUUCAUGGCACAUGGCCAAGCUGCUGGAGGGGCGUUCUGAGGCGGCGGCUGCCGCCAUGAACUUUCCUGAGGACCCCUUCAGCUUAUCCUGGCAUUCGGGCUGUGACACCAGUGACCUGUGCAUGCAGUGGUGCCCGCUGUCCCGCCACGGUAGCACUGAAAAGAGCAGCUCCAUUGGCAGCAUGGAAAGCCUGGAGCAGCCCAGCCAAGUGUAUCAAGAAGGCCGUGUCUCCCCUGUGGAGCAGAGCACGUAUCAGAGUCAGCGGGACUCGGCCUACAGCUCCUUCUCUGCGGGCUCCAGCGCAUCAGACUAUGCCCUCCCCCUGCGGCCAGAGGAGACGGCAGCCUCAGAUUGCAGCCCGCCAGGCCUUGGGCCGCCCAAUGCCCAAAACAGUCUCUACCUACACUCGGGCCCCAGUGGGGCCGAGACCCUUGGGGCCACAGGGCCAUCAGAUCACCAGACACCCAGGUCCCAGCCUUCACCCGGCCCCCAGGAGGGUCCUCUCUCUGGCCCUGCCCAAGUUCCUGUGGCCCCCACAGGUCCUCCCCAGCCUCCAGUAAGGCGGGACAGCCUUCGGGCCUCCAAGGCCCAGUUCCACCAGACAGAGAAGCGGAGGGCCUCAGUGCCUGGUGUUGCCUUAUACCUGAAGGAGCGGUGGAACCCUGAGACCCUGCUCUCCUCAGGCCUCUCCACUGGGCCCUGCUGCCCCUGUAGCCAGGCCCUAGAGUCCCACGAGGGCCCCUGGAAGGAGUACUGUGAUCCUGGCCCUCAGAGCACAGGGUGGCCUGGUCAGGACCAAGUCAUGGAAGAGCCCCCAGUGUCCAGCAGCCCCGCUGGAGAGACUGAAGAGGAAGAGGCAGCCAUUGCUGCCCACCUUGCUGGGCUGACGGGCCACCGUCACAGUGCUCCUGAGCAGCUGCUGGCCUCCCAGAUCCGCUCGCUGCACCUCGGUGUUGAGAGGGAUGGGGACAGUGAAGGGGCUGAGCUGCAGGCCAGGCAAGAGGGGCAUCACUGGACCCUGUCCCCCCUCCACAGUGCCCAGCUGGAACAGAAAAGCCCUUGCCAUCCAGUGGCAGAAGCCCCAAAUAAGCCUGGUGAGAAGAGGCUGCUGGCCUCAGAAAUCUCGGGUCAGAGCAGCCCCACUCCCUGUGGGCCCUCCAGCGAAGCUGCCACCAGCCAGCUCUCUGGUCUGGAGGAUGCUCGUCCGCAGUCCAGCUCCGACGAGGGCUUGGAGGCCAAGAGCGGCCGCCCGGGAGGCAUCCGAAGGAGCAGCGGGACGCGCUACCGCUCUGCCCAGCCGAGGCGCCGCAGCGAGCGCUUUGCCACCAACCUGCGCAAUGAGAUCCAGAGAAGGAAGGCCCAGCUGCAGAAGAUCAAGGGCGACAAGGAGGAGCCAGAGCCCGUGGAGGAGACAGAGGAGCCUGCUGAGGAGGUCCCAAGGCCUCCACCCCCUGCAGCUGCACUGGCUCCUCAGCCCCCAGCUCCUGCCACCCCUAGGGCCUCCCCACCUCUGCCCACCCCUCCGCAGUCACCUGCAGCGGAGGCUCACCAGAGGCUGCCCAGCCCAGGAGACCACUUCUCCAACCAGACACGACUCAAUGGUAACAUGCUGAGGGCCAGAUCCUCAGAGUGCCUGAGCCAGGCAACAGAAGGCCGAGAACUGAGGACCCCUCUGGAGGGCCCUGGCCAAAGGCCGUGGCAGCCUGCAGCUGGGCUCCACCCAUGGUGCAAAGCUCCUGGACAUGGCCCUUCCAAGCCCAGGCCCCAACCUGGGGUUCGGGGAGGCCGCUGGAGGUGGUCCCCAGAGCGAAAACUACAGCCUCAACUGACACCAGUCCCAGGCGAGGUUCCAAACCUGAGUGAGGAGCCAGGUGGCCCUUCUGGGGACGAGGGCAUCUUUGUGCCUUUUGCUGAUAGGAAGAAGUUUUUUGAAGACACCAGCAAGUCCUUGCCGCCACCAGCUUCAUCCCUUGGACACAGUAAACCCUUUACUCUCAGGCCAAAACCGCUCGAGCCACCUGCCUUCCCACCAGUGGGAGUGGGCUGCAGGGAUCUGAGGCGCCACUCAGUGGACCAAGCUUAUCAUUCUUCUGCCUCCCUGCCCCCUGAGGCAGCCCCUUUCCCAGAAUGCUUUGUGAACAAGGAGCUGGAGCAGCCUGUGUGUUACCAGCCCCUGGCACACUGUGGGGAGUUCGAGUGUCUCCGGCCCUGCUCCUACUCAUGUGGCAUUCAGGGAGCCGUGGGCCAUGACACAUGCAACUGCUGCCCCGUCCUGCUGAAGAGAAGCCUGCUCAGCGGCCACCGGAACCAUCACUGCCACCACCAGCAAUGGGCUCGCUGUACAGCCUGUUGUCACCCCGGUCCCCAGCACAAGGUUGGGGAAGAAAGCAGCUCUUUCUGGAAAGCCCGAAAUUCCUCACUAAAGGAAGUUUCUGCAGAUGAAUGGGAAUCGGCAAAGAUCACCAGGAAGGCCGGCCAGCCUGUGAGGGACCGGACUCAUUAUAAGAUUGGCUGCCCACGCUCUUGCUUCGAGAACCCUGGGCGUGAUUGGUCAGCGUGCUACCGAGUGGCAUCCUCCCUUGACCUCUUGUACGACUACGAUCACCCUGUGGGGCCCCUGAUGGGCAGUGCUGUCUAUGAGCCACCAUUGCCCCAUCCGCUUCGGGGUCGGGCCUUCUCAGAGAGUCACAUCAACUUGGAUCCCCCAAACACACGAGCUAGAGAGAGAAGAGAGCUCUUGGACAAAGUGGAUGAGACCCGGCCAGAUCCUCUUGGUGCGAGAAAGAAGGCCCCGCCUCCCCCGCGGCCCCCACCUCCCAACUGGGCAAAGUAUAGGGGCCCCCGGGCGUCUCACCACUCCACAGCCUUGGAGCAGCCUCGCCCCCCGGGGGGCCAGAUGGAGGUAGUGAGGAAGCGAUCCCAGAGCCUCCCUCCCGAGCCACUGCCCAAAGACUUCCCUCCACAGUGUGCGGGCGACAGGCCUGGGCCAGAACAGCACGGUCCUCAGUACUACCAGCCUGCUGGGGUAUGGAGAAUGCCGGAGCAGUCGGGCCUCAAGGCAGACCCUGCAAGCUCAGCCAGAGUUGAAGCAUUGGUAGAAGACCAGCCCAAAGCCAAAGGCAACUGGAAUCAGGGUCGUUCGGCUGCUGAGGAGCAGUACCGCCUAGUUAACUGGAGCCCAGAGCAGCAACGGCUCAGCCCUGCUGGCCUUGCCACAGAGGAAUCUGGGCCUGUUCAAGACAUCACAGAGGUUGAGACCUGCCGCUUGGUCUCAACACGGAGGUCAGCCUCGACCCAUAUGAGCUCAGAGGAACUAAUGAGAGAUGUGGCAGACAGGGAUCGGUCUUUGGCUGGCAUUCUGAAUUCAGCUUCCAACAUAGUGACAGUUGCAGAGGUCAUGGGCGACCUCUUCCCUACCGAUGAUCUGCCUUGGAAAAAACAUGUCCGCCAGGAUUGGCAUUUGGUCAGAAGAAGACAAGAGGUAGCCAAGGAAAGGCAAGAAUUCCAACCCAUCUCCCCACCGCCACCAGCACCUGGCAGCUUCACCAGCCCUACCAGUCCCACCAGCCCCACUUCCUACUCGGCAUAUUACAACACCUCGGCCGGCAAGGCUGAAUUGUUGAACAAGAUGAAGGAGUUGUCCCAGUUGGCCAAGGACUCCUUGGGAGAGGCCGAAGUGGACCAUGAGCUGGCCCAAAAGAAGCUGCAGCUCAUCUCCAGCAUCAGCAAAAAGCUGUCUGUGCUGCAGGAGGCCCAGCGGGGGCUGAUGGAGGACAUCAGCGCCAACGUGGCCCUAGGGGAGGAGGUAGAGACCAUGCUUAAGGCCGUCUGCAAGGCCAAUGAGUUUGACAAGUUUCGGCUGUUUAUCGGUGACCUGGACAAGGUGCUUAACUUGCUGCUCUCCCUUUCUGGGAGGCUGGCCAGGGUGGAGAAUGCCCUCAAUAGCCUGGAUCCCGAAUCCACUCAGGAGAAGCUUGCACUGAUGGAGAAGAAGCGACAGCUGACGGAGCAGCUAGAAGAUGCCAAGGAGCUGAAAGAGCAUGUGGACCGGCGUGAGAAAGCCGUGUAUGGCACCGUGUCCCGCUACCUGCUCCAGGAGCAGCUCCAAGACUACCAGCAUUUCGUGAAGAUGAAGUCAGCACUCAUCAUGGAGCAGCGGAAGCUGGAAGAGAAGAUCAAGCUUGGGGAGGAGCAGCUCAAGUGUCUUCGGGAGAGCCUCCUGCUGGGCCCCGAGUGAGAGAUGGGGAGCAUGAGGGAGGUACUCUCCCCUCCCCGCCCUCCCUCCAUUCUGCCACUCACCUUGUGCCUUCUGUCGCUGAGAACCCAAAGAGACCCCCGCCCCCUGCCCAGCCCCAGUACCUGCUUACAGAUACUUGCCAAGGUGGCUUCCCUGUGCCCAUGGCCUCCUCUGGCUCUAUCUAUGCCCACUUCCCUCUCUACUUAGUGGGCCAUUCUGCCCACGUGGCAACCCCCUGGAGAGACUUAGAGGCAGAGAGGGUGAUUCGUCAUUUAUUCAAAGAAGCCAAACCAAGGAUAGUUUCCCCUAGAGACUUGCUAGAAAGAGCCAGGGUCAGUGACCGAGUACUACCCCUGGUGCACGCACAUGGAACGGCCCCUUCCCCCAGCCAACAGCAGGCCCUGGCUGGAGGGCUCCUUGUCUAUGUUCUGCGUGCCACAUCAGGAGCAUGGAGGGCGUAGCCUUUGGAUCUGGCCCGUAGCACUCACAGCAGAUGUCUACAUUGGUGGAGAGGCAGCAGGGUAGGCCUACCCUUGAGGGCACCACACUGCAGUGUGUGGGUGCCCAGGUCUACUGAGGCCCAUGCCGCUUCCCCCUUUGGGAUUACAGUUGGGAGAAAAGAGUUCAUCAUUCAUUUGUCAUAUGUUAGCGUUGUUCUUUCCAUUUUAUUUAUUUAUGCUUUAAAACCGCAAUGAAGCAGGCAUUUGAAGAGAGUCAAAGCUUGCCCCAAGAGAAGGCUCCUGAGAAAGACCAGUUGUCUCCCACUCAAAGUAUGGCCCUGACCUGUACAGCCUGCCCAGGGAGCCUGCUGCAAGGUGGGUGCUCACACUCCAGGUUGAUUGUUUUCCCCUUAGCUGGCAAACCUCCACAGCUACAUUCUGGGUCUUCAGUCUGACAAGUUGUCUCUCCCUCAUUGGUGUCGAUGUGCUGGCCAGCACCUUCCCCACAUUGGAUGCAGAACAUCCCUUCAAAAAACCCCAUGAGGGAAACCAAGGCACCUGGCCUUCUCUGCUUAGGAGUGCUUCUUUCUUCAGUCCCAUUUGGGCACCUUCUGUGCCAGCAAGGCCUGCCGGUUUGGGCUGGUGGCAGAAGUUGGGGGGGGCCCUCUCCUUUGCAGCCCUACCCUGCUCUUGGCCUGGAUCCACUUGGGCCGAUGGGGGCUUUCUCCCAAGCUAGCACUUUACUUUCACUGGGGGUGUUCAGGCAGAGGCUGGGAUCCUGUGGAUGCUGGCAUGGAGAGAGUAGAGUGGACAGCAGGUGGGGCCUGGCCCCCGAGAUUGCUAAGGCCUUUUCCUCAUCCAUCAGAAACUGGAAGGGUUUGGGGUCUUCCCCAGGAUGUUGUGUGAAGGGUCUCCCAGGGAUGGCAUGCUUGGGGGUGAAGGGAUCUGCAAGGGCAUUCGCUGUUGGGGCUGCUGCCCUAUUACAAAGACUGUCUUUGAAACCAAGGGGAGAAAUCCAGCCAACUGGACCUGAUGCGGGGUCAACCCCUCCUGAGGUGGCCAGGGAAGCUUCCGGCUGGCCCUGAGACUCUGCACUGAAACAAGGGGCCCAAAGAUACCCCUCCCACCGCUGGGCCACACUCCCCAGCCCAGGCAGCCAUGUUCUCCCCAGCCCCCAAGCCCUUUCUGCCACAGCAAGGGCUGGGGACAGUAUGCUUGCCACUGAAGAUGAGGCCUUACUUAAGACAAAGUGAGGCGGGCAGGCGGAUAUGUUAAAUGUAAUACUGAUGAAUGAAAGCACACAGUCUGGGCAGUAGGACAGGCAUCUGGUUUCUUUACCAGGCCCUGGGGAUGAAUGGAGGACUUCCAAAACAGUAAUAAUAAUAAGCGUUGGCACUUACGGAGUGGGCCCUUUAGGGGCACCAAGGCUGGUCCUGAAGCAGUGAGCUGGGGGGAGAGGUCAAACCCUGUGACCUGCCCUUCAGAGCCGGAGCCAGAGCCCCAAGGAUUGAGGCCCACUCCCAGACACGACACCUUGGGAGCCAGCUGAGGAGAGGUUGGUUCUUCUACCCUGCUGAAUCUGCGCUUGCUGACAUGCACCCUGGGAACCAGCCCUGGUGGGGGGACUGGAUUGUUGGGCUGCUUCCACACCCACAAAAUCACAGCUGGGCAGCCAACUGCUCAGCAGGGAGAUGCAUUAAGCCCACAGCGGGAGACGCCCCACUUGGGGAGACCCUACCAGUAAAAACCCAAGGGCAGCUCCAAUGGUGGGGCUGGGACCAAGGAGGAAGAUGGUGAGAGAGACACAGUGCGGGAAGGAGACCGGCAGAAAGCAGGGCCCAGAUGGCUGAGCCUCUCUGCCCAGCAGCCUGAAGCCACAUGAAAGUCCCAGGGAGAGACCCUGGCAAUAGGGAGUGAGCCCUCAUUCUUUUUUUGGUUUUCAGAAUCUGUAUCCCAGCCCCAACCCUUACCUUGUAUCCCUGGGCCCACUGCA